AUGAACACAAUAUUGAAAGCAGCUGUAAAGAAAGUGCAGAAAAUGCAACGAAAGUUGGCAAAACAGAACAAGAAGGAAAUAAACAAGAUCAAAAAGGAGACUAUGAAAAAACAGUUUUUAGAGGUUUCUCCACACCAAAGGAUUGCAGAUGCAAGAAAAGAAUUGCAACAGCAAAAGAAAAAGAUACAAAAAGCUUUAGCAAAACUUGAGACAAUUGGCAAAGCACAAUUGUUAACGUUAAAUAACACAGUUGAAACUAUUAUGAAUGAGAAAGGUGGACAUGUUGAUGCCAAUUUAAAAAGAAAAAUGUCCAGAAUCAAAGAAGCAGUAAGAAAAACGUUGGAUUCUAUAGAAACCACAAAAAACAAAGACCACAAAGAGAUGGCUAACAUAAGGAAAAAAUUUGGUGAAUUUCUGAAUGAGGUGAAGGACAUUGAAAAGAAAAGACAGAAUGAAAACAUAAAUAUCGUGAGGAUGGGAGAAAAGAAGAGACUUCAGAAAGUUAAUAAAGUAUUGGCAGCAACUGCUAAGAAAGUAGAAAAAAUGCAACAGAAGAUUGCAGAAAGGGAUCAAAAGCAACUGGACAAUCUGAAAAAAGAGUCAAAGAAGAUCAAAGACAAGACAGUUAAAGCCAUCACUUUUCAACAGAUGAGAGAAAAAGCGAAAAACAAGGCAUUGAAGGAAAGAAGUAAGCAACUAGAGAAGCAACUUAAAAUUCUGGGAAAAAAGAUAGAACAGAGAAAUAAAGUUUCACAACAAAAAGAAAAGGAAGCAAACAAAAAGUUGCAGAAAACAAAAGAACAGCUCUCAAAAAUUUCAGCACAAAAAUCUCAGUCAGUUAAGGAAAAUCAAAGGAAGAUAAAGGAGGAAGCAAGACUGAAAACAAAAAUAGACAAAUUGAAAAGGAAGACAAAGAAAAUCGCAGAAGAAUCGCAAAAGAGAAAUGAACUACUUAACAGAAAGAUGAACAAAGUGAAAGAUAAGCUUAAACUGAUUUCUGACCUAAAAGGUGAAUUAGCCAGGAAAAUUAUUCCAGACCACGGGAAAGGAAGAAAACUUCCAUCAAGUACUAUAACUAUGCCACUUCAUAAGAACUGUUCUAUGAACAUAAUGCCAAAGAUUUUAUCACAAACUUUUGUUAUAACCAUGCAGGCACAGAGAGUAAAGGGAAAGAAAUCUAAGAUCAAAGUGACCCCAGAUCGUGGUAAAAUCAAGAAACUUACAGCAGGAGCAGUGAAAGUCACUUUUCCAAAGAAAUUAGUUGAAAAGCUGAAGAUGAUAAGUGACAAGUACAAAGAUGUAAAAGAAAAGGCACUGAAAAUGAAGGAAAAGCUUAAGGAAAAACUACAGGAGAAGAAAUAUAUCUCGUCCUUACCAACAAAAACGACUAAGGAGAAGAAAACUGUAAAGAAGCUCAAGAAGAAGCUAGAAAGAAAAAUAGAGAGAAUUAGAAAGAUCUGCAGAAUAACUAGAAAGGAAUUAAGAAGAAUUCGAGAAAGGAGGAGAAAAUUGCUAGAAGAGAUGUACAAGAGGAGGGAACGCGGAGGAAAGAUAAGCGAAGUAAGUAAGAGUUGA